AAGGAUACGGCGAUGGAAAAAGACGCGAGACCAUCGUGGGAUAACCCCAUGCAGUUUGUCCUGGCAUGCGUCUCCUACGCAGUGGGGCUUGGAAAUGUCUGGCGAUUCCCUUACCUUUGUCAAAUGCACGGAGGAGGUGGAUUCAUGAUACCAUACAUAAUUAUGCUUGUUUUGGAGGGCAUACCCUUGUUUUACAUGGAGUUAGCCAUUGGACAGAAGAUGCGUCUGGGCAGCAUCGGGGCAUGGAGUGCCAUUAGUCCAUACCUGGGCGGAGUAGGCCUAGCCAGUGUCGUGACUUCGCUCUAUCUCUGUCUUUACUACAAUGUUAUAAACGCCUGGAGUUUUUGGUACCUCUUCCAUUCCUUUCAGUCUGUCCUGCCAUGGGCAGAAUGCCCAGUGAACAGUAACCUGACUGGAUACUUGGAGGAAUGUGAGGUUGCCACGCCGACGCAGUACUUCUUCUACCGAGAGACUCUGAACAUCUCUUCUUCCAUCAACGAGAAUGGCCCGGUCCACAUGGGACAGGCUCUGUGUCUCCUGCUAGCCUGGCUGAUAGUCUACCUCUUCAUCGUGAGAGGAGUCAAAUCCACAGGAAAAGUGGUGUAUUUUACUGCCACGUUUCCAUACGUGGUCCUUUUGAUCUACCUCGUUCGAGGGUUUACUCUUCACGGGGCCCUGAAUGGAGUAAAGUACAUGUUCACCCCAAAGUUGGAGCAACUGGCCAAUCCUCAGACCUGGAUCAACGCUGCCACCCAGAUUUUCUUUUCUCUGGGACUUGGUUUUGGCUCCCUGAUUGCUUUCGCGAGCUACAACCAGCACAACAAUAACUUCGAGAAGCAAGCUAUCGUGGUCUCUUUCAUAAACAGCGGCACCUCGAUAUUCGCCAGCAUCGUUACGUUCUCCAUCUAUGGCUUCAAAGCCACCUUCAACUACGAGAGCUGCUUAGAGAGGGUGCGGGUGUUGCUUCUUAAUACAUUCGAUCUGUCAGAGGAUGCCGUUAGCAUAAACAACAUCACCGAAUGGAUCACACAACUGAAUCAAACAUAUCCCGACCAGAUCGCUGGCCUGGGCGCGAAGCUGGAGUCCUGUGACCUAGAGGCAGAAUUAGACACUGCUGUGGAAGGCACCGGCCUGGCUUUUAUAGUCUACAGUGAGGCCAUAAAGAACAUGCCUGUGUCCCAAUUCUGGUCUGUCCUGUACUUUAUCAUGCUCCUGCUGCUGGGGAUGGGGAGCAUGCUGGGUAACGUGACAGCCAUCAUCACCCCGCUCAGCGACUUCAAAAUCCUGUCCCGCAACCUCAGUAACGAGACCAUCAACGGUCUGGUGUGUCUCUUCUGCCUCCUGCUCGGCUUUGGCUUCACCACUCGUUCCGGGAACUACUGGUUCACCAUGUUUAACGAAUACGGAGCUACUUUCUCCUUGCUCUUCAUUGUGCUUAUCGAAAUUAUCGCCGUUAUCUUUGUCUACGGACUGAAAAGGUUUGAAAAAGAUAUUGAGGACAUGCUGGGUCACAGACCAAACUGGUACUGGAAGAUCAUGUGGGUAGCCAUCAGCCCCCUCCUGCUUGUCAGCCUGUUCAUCUUUUACAUCGUCAACUACAUCCAGGGAGGCACGCCCACAUAUCAGGCCUGGGACAAGGACCUGGGGAAGUCGGUGGUGACGGAGUACCCAGCGUUCGGUCAGGCCUUCAUCGGCUUGCUGCUGGUGUCGUCGGUAAGCUGCGUGCCCCUCACGGCGCUUUACGUCUUCUGUCGGAGAAAGCAACGGGGGUCGUCGACGCACGAGAGCACCGUUCCCACCUUGUCGUCGGGAGUGUAA